GUGAAAUAUAUAGAAUAAAGCUUGAGGACUACAAGAUACUAAAAGAUUCGACAUACUUGAUCAAACAAGGGAUAUACAAGCACCAAAUAGUCAUAUUCACCAGAUAUCAUUUACAAUCAACACGAUAACUCACAAACAAACUUCACUAACCCCCAUAUUCCCAACAGAUUCACAGCUCAACAGCUCCUUCUCUAUCAAGGUUCCCAAUGACGCAGGAACAGCUAGUACAUCCCCAGUACCCGCUUUAAUACCCCUCAUUCCGCAAUAUCUGAAGUAAAAAUCUGAAAUAUUUAGAAGAGAAUUUAGAAAAACGGCCCCGUGAUCUCCACUAUUCUUCUUUUCCUUCCUCAUAUUCACCUCCCUAUCGCUCCGAUCUCGCCCAUCUUCUCAAUUCCUUGAGCAUAAAGUAGGAUCUCUGGAGCUGCCUUCUUUCUUCUCCCAAAACUCUACAAAAUACGGCUGUGAUUCCGUGAAUCCCCUCAAGCAACACUUUAUCAGGACUUUAUCUAACUUAUUUGCUACCUCCGAGGACAACACACUUGCUGUUGCUACCACUUCUCUGGGAAUAGAGAGCUUCAAAGGUAUUGGGAACAUUGCGUUUCAUCUCGCAGAUCGAUCGAUGUACCUACACGCAGGAUUACCAGUAUCCAAGGGUCUCCGCCGUUUGAUAUCGACUCCGUUAAUACUUCGAGGCCUCUUCCACACAAGUAUUAAACGACAACAGUAUUGCUUCUCGUUAAGAAAGCCGGCACUACGAAGUUCUUGCAUAACAAGGCCAUAUCUAUCGAUCUAUCAUACCAUACGACUCACAAACUCCCAAAUUACACUCCCACGCACUCUGAUUCGACAAGUUGAUUGGAUAUACAGACAGUUUUUACAAUUUUGAAUAAUCUUUCGAUAAAGCGACUUCAUUCACUUACCUCAAAUCGAACCCCUUCACCACGCUUCUACCUAACUUUUUUCAACAUCACUUGAAAUCUCGAACCA